AUGAAAUACAAACUCCUGGUUGCAGGACUGGCGGCGCUGACCGUUACGUCGUUCGUGGCGUGCGGCUCCCCCGCGGCUUCGGAACCAUCGAUUCCCCAGCAGCCCACCGAAACCAGGUCCGAACCGAGCGGGGCCGCGGUGCAACCUGCCGCGACCGAUCCGGCUCCUCCGCCGGCGCAAGCCGCGACCGCGACUGAAGGCCCCUCGGCGCCGACAAAGACGGCGACCGCAACUGCUGCCGUGGCGUCCACACCAACGGACGUUCCGGCAACCGACCCGCCUACGACAGCGGUGACCACCACAGCCACGCAACCGGCUGCCACCGAAAUUCCCACGUCACCGGCAGCGACCAACACGACGGAGCCGGAACCAAUGGCUGCCGAGGCGCCGGCGGUUGAUGUCGGGACCCAGGUCGGGGAGACACCGCCGGCAUUCGCGAUGGACCGGUCUGACGGAUCCCGGAUCGAGUCGGGAGAAAUCGUGGGUACCGGCCGACCGGUCUUCAUGAUGUACUUCGCGACCUGGUGA